GAGGAGACGCCACCCCCGGAAGCUGUUCCCAGGAGCGGAAGUGGCCGGUGGCUUGCUAGAGUGAGGACCGCGUGUGCAGUGCUACUCUACUCCAGCCCGAGUGGUUCUGGUGGGCGUGGGCUGAAGGAAUGCGGACCCGGCUUCUCUAUUUUAACUUGGUUUGAAAAUGAGCAAGCGCAGGAAGCUUCCAGCUCCGCAGCCCGCUUGUUCGGAGACCUUCAGCCCAGACGUUCUCAGUGAUGUGUCUGAGCUCUUUGCCAAGAACUUCUCCUACUGUAAGCCACUUGACAACGAGUGGCAGUUGCCAGCACCCACGGAGAGCUUCGCCUGUGAGCACAUGGAGUUCGGGGCGUUUCUUGACUUGAAGAACUCCCUGAAUGAAGUGAAGAACCUCCUGAGUGACAAGAAGCUGGACGAGUGGCACAGGCACACUGCCUUCACCAACAAGGCAGGGAAAAUCAUCUCUCACGUCAGAAAGGCCGCCAACGCAGAGCUCUGCACUCAGGCCUGGUGCAAAUUCCAGGAGAUCCUGUGCAAUUUCCCACUUAUUCCGCAGGAAGCUUUCCAGAAUGGGAGACUGAAUUCUCUGCACCUGUGUGAAGCCCCAGGCGCCUUCAUAGCUAGCCUCAACCAUUACCUAAAAUCUCACCGCUUCCCCUGUGAAUGGAGUUGGGUGGCUAAUAGCCUGAAUCCAUACCACGAGGCCAACGACAAUCUCAGGAUGAUCACGGACGACCGGCUGAUGGCCAACACCUUAGACCGCUGGUACUUCGGCCCAGAUAAUACCGGUGAUAUCAUGACCCUGAGAUAUCUGACCGGGCUUCAGGAUUUCCUCAGUGACCUGUCUCCCAUUCACUUGGUCACUGCCGAUGGGAGCUUUGAUUGCCAAGGAAACCCAGGCGAACAGGAAGCUUUAGUCUCUUCUCUGCAUUAUUGCGAAGCGGUCACCGCUCUGACCACUCUUGGAGAUGGUGGCUCUUUUGUUCUAAAGAUGUUUACAUUGUUUGAACAUUGUUCGGUGAACCUCAUGUACCUGCUAAAUUGUUCCUUUGACAAAGUUCAUGUUUUCAAACCUGCUACUAGCAAGGCGGGAAACUCAGAAGUCUAUGUGGUGUGUCUCCGCUAUAAGGGAAGAGAAGCUGUCCGUCCUUUGCUGUCUAGGAUGGUGUUGAACUUUGGCACUGAGAUGACCAGGAAAGCUCUCUUUCCCCAUCAUGUGAUCCCCAAAUCCUUUCUUAAGCGACACCAAGAGUGUUGUACCUUCUUCCACAGAUACCAGUUAGAGACGAUUUCUGAGAACAUUCGUCUUUUUGAGAGUAUGGGAACCGGGGAACAAGAAAAACUGAAUAACUUAAGGGAUUGCGCUGUACAAUAUUUCAUGCAAAAGUUUCAGCUGAAGCCUCUUUCUCGAAAUCACUGGCUCGUCAAAAAAUCCAAUAUCGGUUGUAGUAUGAACACGAAAUGGGUUGGACAGAGAAACAAGUAUUUUAAAACCUACAAUGAACGGAAGAUGCUGGAAACCCUUUCGUGGAAAGAUAAAGUAGCCAAAGGCUACUUCAAUAGUUGGGCGGAGGAGCAUGCUGUCUAUCAUCCCAGGCAGAAUUCCCUCCUAGAAGGGACCUCUUCCGGUCUCGAGUACCACUCCUGGCAUAUCCUAGAAGGGAAGAAACUGCCGAAGGUCAAGUGUUCUCCUUUCUGUGAUGGUGAAAUUUUAAAGACUCUUAACGAAGCCAUUGAGAAGUCCUUAGGAGAAGCUUUGGGUGUUGAUUCCAAGGUCAGUUCCAAGCAGCAAUACGGUUGUUGUCAGAUCUUUUCAGAAGAAUCCCUGUUGUUUGAGUUGGUUAGCCUUACCAAGUGCCUUCAGGAUGAGCAGGGCAUAGAACCUAGCAACCCAGUCAAGUGCCUGCUUGUGGGUUCACCGACUGUCUGUGAUCUCCAAAUGCACACGCCUCUGGAAGUCCAGCUUCUGGAAUCCGUCGAACUCAGCGCCUUCAGCUGUUCCUUGCUUCACGAUGGCGACCCAACAUACCAGCAUUUGUUUCUGGAUCGCCUGCUGCACUCGCUGAAGCAGCUUCACACAGGAGAUGCCAUGAUUUUGCCCAUCCUUUCUUGCUUCACAAGAUUUAUGGCUGGCUUGACCUUUGUCCUCCACAGCUGUUUUAGAUUUAUCACAUUCUGUUGUCCCACGUCCUCCGAGCCCCUCAGGACCUGUGCCGUCCUGCUGUGCAUUGGCUAUCAGAACCUUCCAGAUGCAGUUUUCCAGUUUCUGCAGAAUGUUAACCAACUCUUGAGCACGCUGCUACACCCCAGUACCCCCCAGCAGGUUUUACAGUUUGUGCCAAUGGAGGUGCUCCUUCAGGGGACACUACUUGACUUUUUGUGGGAUUUGAAUGCUGCCAUUGCUAAAAGGCAUUUACAUUUGAUUAUUCAAGGAGAGAGGGACAAAGUCAUCAGCAGCCUUGAGUUAUAGAAUUGAACAGGGCAUUGAUGAUGUGCCAUUGUUUUGUGACUUACAGUUUCUGUUUUCAUUUUACCUGCCCUAUUUAUUUAAUAAUUUUCAUUUUUGAGAGAUGCCAGUUUGUGUAUUAAAGGACAUUAAUUAUGGAACGUCUUAGCUUAUUCCGAUCUGACUCUAUAUGACUCAUAGGCACAGUUUUUGUGGUAGGAGCCAUGCACUGAUGGUAUUCAGCCUCUGAUCAUGUGACAUCUGUAUGUGCUUGGGGUGAUUACAUGCUUGCUUGCAUAUACAGUUGAGCCAGUCUUAACCUGCGGCACAUUGUGUGCCUUCAUUCAGACUUUUCCCCCAACUGUUUCCUCUCUCUGGCUGAUGCUGUUAAUGAGUGUUAGAGGUUAUUCAUGACAGGAUGUGGAUCACUCUUUGGCAUCACUAUUUACCUGGAAGCACUUGACAUGUCCUCUAUGGAUUUCAGGGAUCUCCAUACCCGGUUUUUUAAUAAUGUGCCAUUCAUUGCCUUUAGAUCUGUGACUCAAUUUUUUUUUGUAUGACUUUUGCUAGCUAUAACUAUCCAACUAAUAAGAAAGAACAGCUUUAAGUCAAAACCAAAGGUCAUUUUUGUACAGUGAAAAAUUGUGUCUAGUACUCCUUUGUAAUGAACAGCUUCCUUCAGCAAUGUUGGCAUUUUUAAUGUCCUGGAAAGAUGGUUUUAAGGCUUGGUGUAUAGUCAGUCUCCUGUGGGUUAUACCGGAGUGGAAUGGUCAUGGUGAGCGCUGAGGGAAAAUGUAACACUUCCAGAAUGAUGGCUAAACAAAUGUUUAAUCUUUAUUGUUUUUGUUUUUAGUAUGAAGAUAGCACUUUACUAAGAUUAUCCAUGAGAUAGAUAUUUUAUCAAUUUCAUUUGAUUUCAUUGAGUAAUAUAUAUUUAAUAUAAUGAACUUUUCUAGCAUCGUGUUAAUUCAUCAUUACUUUGAAGUUUUAUAAGGUACAUAAUUAGACACAUAAAUUUUUAGGUAUUUUCUGUUUCUUAAAAAAUAGAAGUAUUCUGUCACGUAUCUAGUUAAUAAAUAAAUUUUUCAUGCUCUGCUGUUUCUGAGUUCCAUUAC